AUGGCAAUAUUUGGCGAUCCAGAACCCAAAGAUCUCUCUACUGCUGUAGGCUCUGAUGGUCAGCCACCAUAUACGAUUAUUGAAGGACGCUCAAACGAACCUGCAAAAAAGACGGAGGCUGACUCAGCAUCAGAUCAUUCCCCCGAAGCAGACAGCCUAGAUCUUAAUUCUGAGGCUGCAUUUAACGAACUCGGUUGCUUGAUUGAAUUUAUUGAUCACUAUAUCAAAGAUUAA